AAUAGAAACUCCCACGCGUAUGCGAAGCACGUGGUCGCUAACAGUCUCUAAAAUACGGAAAUCACCUAUGCAAAUUAUAAAAUCAAGAAAGAAAUAACAAAACAAGACACAUGAAAAUUUUAAUUUGAUAAACAAUUUAAUGGCAAACCUUCCUCAAUCUCUGUCGAUGAACACAACUUUCGGAGGACCAAACGCGUCUAAUCCCGCCGCCGCCGCCGGAGCUCCCGCCAACAAAGACCGGAAGAUGGCAUCAGCAGAGCACCUGGUUCUUGACCUUAGCAAUCCUGAUCUUCGUGAAAACGCCCUUCUUGAGCUCUCUAAGAACAAGGAUUUAUUUCAAGAUUUGGCUCCUUUCGUGUGGAAUUCUUUUGGUACUAUUGCUGCACUCAUUCAGGAGAUCGUUUCAAUAUACCCAGUUUUAUCACCACCUAACUUAAGUCCCGCACAAUCAAAUCGAGUUUGCAAUGCUCUAGCACUUCUUCAGUGUGUAGCUUCACAUCCUGACACUAGGAUGUUGUUUCUCAAUGCUCAUAUACCCUUAUAUCUCUACCCUUUCCUAAAUACAACUAGCAAAUCAAGGCCUUUCGAGUACCUAAGGCUUACUAGUUUAGGUGUCAUUGGUGCCCUAGUGAAGGUUGAUGACACAGAAGUUAUUAGUUUCCUUCUUUCUACUGAGAUUAUUCCGCUAUGUCUGCGUACUAUGGAGAUGGGAAGUGAAUUAUCAAAAACAGUUGCCACAUUUAUAGUUCAAAAGAUUUUAUUGGAUGAUGUGGGCCUGGAUUAUAUUUGCACUACAGCAGAACGGUUUUUUGCAGUGGGCCGGGUUUUGGGGAACAUGGUUGCAGCACUUGCUGAACAACCCUCAUCACGGUUAUUAAAACAUAUCAUCCGAUGUUAUCUUCGACUUUCAGAUAAUCCAAGGGCUUGUCAUGCAUUACGAAGUUGCCUGCCAGACAUGCUGAGAGAUGCUACCUUCAGUAGCUGCCUUCGUGAAGAUCCAACAACAAGGCGAUGGCUGCAACAGUUGCUUCACAAUGUCGGAGGGAAUCGGGUUCCAGGACUUCAGGCUGGGGGAGGAUUCGAUCAUAUGCUGGUGAACUAAAACUGCAAUUUUCUUUUGGUUCGGUCAGUUGUUCCAUCACUUCAAGACCUAUAUUCCUUUUUGAUGUGAGAGCAUUUCUGGUAGCUGUAAUUAACACCCAGAAGAGGAUGCGUUGGAAAACAAAAAAGCUAGUCUAGUUGCUGACUUGUUGCUAUGCCAAUUUUAGUUGCGUAUAUGGCUGGUAUUUGUUCAUGUAUAAUGAAAAGAAAACUCACAGCUGCAGCUGUUCAUGUUUAGGGUCACUUGCUGGUUGGCAUUUGGACUCGGAAGGUACACCAUAAAUUAAUUUUUACAUAUUUACUAGUCUUUACUCCUUAACAUCAA